GUGGGCUUGAGGGUAAAAAAGUCUUCAAAAUAAAUAAAUAAUUAGGGGAAACCAGUUUUUGAAAUGCUUCCAUCCGGUUGUAGUGAAUGGUUAAGCCGCGCAUCGUUCAUAUUUUUGACUGAACUAGAAUCUAGACUGAAAUACAUGUUUGUAAUGUCUGGCUGACCGUUCUGCUAAACUUCACUUCAAUCAGUUAAUCACUCUUGUCCCUUAGUUGCAUGCGUGAACUUAGCGGGAGAGGACGUUCGUUCAAUUGUUUUAAGUUUAAAGUAUAACAUAGUUUACGAUUGUUUUGUGUUUUCUGUGCCUUUCUAAUGAUCAACUUAUAAUGUGUCAAAUAAGUGUUUUCCUAUAUUAUAUUCACUGAAACCUUGAUCGUCAACAGUAACUCGAGACCAUGGAGAACGGAAACAGAACGAAGCUUUAUUUGGUGACCCUAUCUGUGUCUUUGGCAUUGGUGACUUUGGGAGUUUCGUCAGCCUGGGCCACUCCUGUUCUACCCAAGUUUAAGAACAAUGAGACUCAGGUUGAUAUUGAUCAGUACCAGAUUGCAACGAUGUUCGCAUUAAACCCGGUAGGGUUUGCCGUGGGAUCUCUAGUCACUGGAUACAUUGCAGACAGAUUUGGCAGGCGAACGACUAUACUGGGAAGUGCUUUGCCAAUUGCUAUAGGUUCGUUGAUUGUGGUGUUUGCUACAAAAGCAUGGCUUCUUUUCAUUACAUCUCUAACUUGGAGUUGUGGAUCAGGAAUGGUCAGCACGGUCAGCAACUAUUAUUUAUCAGAAAUAGCAGACAAAGACGUGAGAGGCACGCUGUCAGUCAUCACGAGUUUCAUGUUUAAGUUCGGGACUCUGCUCACGAUGUCUGUUGGACCAUUCCUGUCUUAUAAUACCCUGAACAACAUUAUGUUGGUGCUGCCUUUCCUGUUCUUUAUCGUUUGCUUUUGGAUACCGGAAACCCCGUAUUACUGUCUAAAGGCAGGCAAUCUGGAAGGUGCAAGAAACUCUCUUCGAACGCUAAGAGGAUAUAAGGAUGAAAAGGUUUUAGAAGAAGAACUCGUAGCUUUAGAGGCACACGUCAAAAAUGAAAUGAAACAUUCCAGCUCAGUCAAAGAGCUGUUCGUUGGAGUCCAGUAUAGAAGGGCUAUAGUCAUUGCUGCUGGUCUGAAGUUAACGCAGAUUAUGACUGGUGCAGUUGUGAUAAGACAGUACCUUGCUUGGAUUAUGGCGGAGACCAAGUUGAACCUACAGCUGUCUCUAGUACUCAUUAUUUAUGGCGCGGUUUCCUUUGUCGUUGGUCUGAUGUCUUCAGUUCUGGUGGACAGGGUCGGUCGUCGCCCCCUCCUCAUCUUCUCAUACAUCGGCACAGGCAUCUCACUCGCAGCCGUCGGCGUUUACUUCUUCCUCAAAGAUGUCCUUCAUAUCAACUCUGACGCACUGACCACAUUUGGUUUCAUACCGUUAUUAGGGAUAAUCUUAGCUAAUGUUAUUUCUACUGUUGGAUUUAAUUCUCUUAUAUUCAUAAUACCAGCUGAAAUCUUUCCUUUAAAUGUGAAAGCUGUUGCUAUGACGUCAUUAAGCCUCUUUGGAGCAGCCCUAGGGUUUAUUGUCGGGCUAGGGUAUCAGAGGGUUAAAGACUAUUGUGGGCUGACUACAGUCUUUUGGAUUUUCGCUGGCUUUGCUUUCGGAGGCAGCGUAUUCUCGUACUUUUUAGUCACGGAAACCAAAGGUAAAAACUUAAGGGAUAUACAAGCUGAGUUGCAAGGGAAACUGUAUGAUGCUGUUGAAUUAAAUGAUAAAGAUGAAGUAAUUGAACUAGGUGAUGAGAAAGGAGUCGCUACUGAAAUGAAGGAACUUAAGAAAGAUGCGGAUAAUAGAGUUUAGACUUUAUUUACAUCAUGUUACGGUUCAUUUUCUGAAAUCGUCCAUCGAAAAAAUUUUGAAACUUAAAUCACAGUACGCAAAUUUAUUGUUCUUUUACUUUUAAGUUGCUUUACAAUUAGCUCUUAGUACUUCAUGAUAAAGACUGUUUUAGAUAUAAAGAUGUCUAGUUUAACAAGACGAAAUCUCAAGGUGCAUUUAUUGAUAAUUUCGAUCGAUUAUUAUUUGUGAGACAGACAAAGAGUACUUUAAAUGUGAGAUUAAAUUGUAAUUUUGUAUAUUAAAUAUAUAUUUAAUGAAUAAGAUCCAGUUUGCUUCUGAAGCUUUAAAAAAACGUAUAUGUCACAAUAUUUGUAUUGGAAGUGGCCCAAAACUUCAAAUCUAUAAUUAGGUAGUAUUAAAAUUAAGCAUUAAGAAUUUUGAUAUUAGGUAUUAUAAAGUACCUAGGUUUUACUGAUGGAAAUAAGACUCGUUGACUAUUUUUUUUAUUAUUUUAUUAUUCUGUUUUUAUAAUUUUUCUUUAGUGUAUUUUCACAAACAUUAGGUUCUUUUACGUGUUGUAAAACGUACGUGUCGUUGUUGUAUGUUAAAAUUGUGGUGUCUUAAGUCUAAUCAUUUUGAUCUAGUUUUGAAUCAACGGAUCACAACUUUGAUUGGUUGAUCACAAUAUAUAAAACCAAUCACAGAGCGAGAUAUAAAGUGCCCGUUAUUAUAAUGUUUACUGACUUCCAUUUUGGAUUGAUUUUACAAAUUAAGUUAUAAGAACUUUAAGUUCAGGCUAUAUUUAUGACCAGAGUGAAAACAUUUUUUUAGUAUGUCUGUAGUGGCGCUUUUGGUGUCAAAACAUGCCUUAUAUAAAAUUAUUAAGCUAAUAAGCUAAAAAGGCAUCACUUAGGUAUAUGUAAUGGGAAUAAAAGUGUUAACUCUUUAUAGUUUUCGGCAUUUUUUCACUAAAUUUCACGAUUGUUAAAUCUUUAAGAUUUGUGUUACGGUUCACAAAUGGUCUCCGUUUUACUGAUCUAUUUUUUCCGUUGAUGACAUAUAAAGUUGUCCGAAUGAUAUACCACUUAUUAUUCUGUAAAUACAUUAAAAAUAACGGUCGGUAUGAAAACCGUAUCCGAUAAAACGGAAUAAAUGAAAACUAAACUGGAUGUUAAACUGUAUUCACUGGUCGACUGCCUAGCCUAUUUGAUUAUAAUAGUUAAUUCUUCAAUUUAAUACUAAAGCUAUUUCUAAUUUAUGACUUUGUAACAAUUUUCCUUUUUUAUUGUUUUGUAAAUGAUUUUUAAUGAAAAAUAAAGGAUUUGAUCCAAA